AUGGAAACAACUCCUACCAAAACCGAGGCAACACCAUUAAGCGAUGCGGAAAGGCAAGCAAAUACAAGUAAUAGUAAUACAAAUAAUAACAAUAAUUCGGUUGAGACGUCAACAACAGCUUCGAUGCCUUCAAGAUCAGAAGAAAGUUCCAAUAAUAGUAAAGUGAUGAAUUCAAAGAAAACUAAACAAUUGAGUGUUCAAGAGAAAGAAAACGAAAAGAUGAAGAUAGUUGUUGAAAGGGAUUGGCAAAAUGAAGCGAUAUCUAAAGUUCUAGGAAUUACUCUUAAUGUAAUAGCACAAAGAAGUGGCAAUAAAUUGGUGUAUCUUGAUUCUGUUGUUAAAGAGUUAAAAGAAGAGAAUCCAGAAAUGACUAUAUUCAAAUUCAAUAAAUCGAAUCUUGAUAAUUCAUUGGUGGCAAGAUUAUCGUUAGAUCCUAAUCAAAUGAGAGAUGAAGACGAAGAUGUGAUAGUACCACAAAUACCGUCAUUUGAUUAUUUAUUAGAUUGUUGGAAACGAGCUGUAGAAAUUAAAAGAAAUUUAUUAACUCGCCUCAUUAUUAAUUAUUCGGGAUUAGUUAUUCAAUAUCCUGAUAUGUUUCCACAAGUUAAUAACACGUCAAUCGAAUAUGGACCACAACAACUUGUUCAAAGAUUAUUAGUAGAUAUUGAUACUCCAGAAGGAUUACCAUGGGAUUUUGUUCAAGAAUUAGCGGAAAAAGUUGAAGAAGAAGAAUUUGAAGGAAUGUUUGGACCUUCUUUAAUAGCCCUUUCAGCUCAAAUGCGGUCAAAAGAUAUAUUAACGGGGGAUUAUUUGCAUCCUUUAAAUUUACCAAAAAUGCCAAGUUGGAAUCCUCCUAAUUUGCCCCCUCGAGCAUUUGAACAGGCAUCACUUUUAGGACCAUUCUGUCGUGUUUCCGUGUUUCCUAUGGAUGAGCCAUCUGUUGCUGAAAGUUAUUUUAGUAAUGUCCAACAAAGACGUCAAUCAGAUAUUGAAUCCGAAAUGUCAAGUUUAAGAGCAGCUAUUCAAGGAGUUCAAAACUCAUUAUUUACGAUAUUUAAUAAUAUAAUUCGAUCAUCACCUUCGGCUCGGGAAGCAGUACUUGACUUUUGGGCUACGGUUAUUAAAUUAAAUCAAAAAAGAGCUCAAAUGCAUGUUGACCCAUUACAAGUUGGAACUGAUGGAUUUAUAGUAAAUUUAACGAGAUUAUUAUUAAGUUUUGCCGAACCAUUUAUGGAUUAUACUUAUUCUAAAAUUGACCGAAUUGAUAUCGACUAUUUCCGUAAAUCAAAGAGAAUUGAUAUUAGCCAAGAAACAAAAAUUAAAGCAAAUCAACAGGAAUCUGAUGAAUAUUAUAAUUCAGUCGAUUCAAAACCGAAACCAAAUUUCAUAUCAGAAAUAUUUUUCUUGACAAUAUCAAUGCAUCAUUAUGGACCUUUACAUUGUUAUGAGAAAUAUAAUAAUUUCUUAAGAGAUUUAUCUGAACUUCAAAAACAAUAUGAUCGAAUGAAAGAAGAUCAACCUAAUUGGUUGGGAACACCUAAUGCUCGAGUGAAUGAAGAACUGCUUAAACGAUGCAAAGUACAAUUAGAUAAAGGAGCAUCACACAAAGUAGCUUAUGAUUCUCAACUUUUAGAUCCUGCAGCACUAUCAUAUUCACUUAGAUUUUAUAAUUUGGUUAUGAAUUGGAUAUUAAGAAUUGUUGAUCCUUCUGGUAAACAUCCUUCAACUCGAAUAAGAUAUAAUCCAAGGAUUGCAAAUACCGUCUCGCGAGAUGAAUUACUAAUUUUUAUCAUCACAUUCCUUAGUUCAUCAGCUUACGUAAAGAAUCCAUACUUAAAAGCUAAAUUUGUUGAAAUCCUAUUUCACUUUACAAUACGGAAUGAAAAUGAAGGUGGAAUGGGUGUAAUAUUGGCAACUCACCCAAUCGCAUUAAAUCAUUUGAUGCCUUCUUUAAUGUCAUUUUAUGUUGAGGUGGAACAAACUGGUGCCCAUACUCAAUUUUAUGAUAAAUUUAAUAUUCGAUAUAAUAUUUCACAAAUUUUUAAGUCAAUAUGGGAUAAUCGUACUCAUAGAGAAAGAUUAAAAGAAGAAAGUCGAAAAACAGAAUCGUUUGUACGUUUCGCCAAUUUACUUAUGAAUGAUGCAACAUAUUUAUUGGAUGAAAGUUUAUCGAAAUUAACUGAUAUUCAUAAUAUUCAAAAUGAAAUGGAUAAUAAAGAGCAAUGGGAAAAAGAAACACCCAAUUAUCGACAAGAACGUGAAGGUUUACUUCGAUCAUAUGAACGACAAGCGACUUCAUACAUGGCAUUAGGAAAUGAAACUGUUCACAUGUUAGAAUAUAUGACAUCUGAAGUAGUUGAACCAUUUUUAACUCCCGAAAUCGUUGAACGCUUGGCCGCGAUGAUGGAUUAUAAUUUGGUUUCAUUGGUGGGACCGAAAUGUACCGAAUUAAAAGUUAAAAAUCCCGAAAAGUAUCGAUUUCAACCAAGAGAAUUAUUAUCUCAAUUGAUUAACAUUUACCUGAAUCUCUGUGAUCGGAAAGAAUUCAUUCAAGCUGUGGCCAGGGAUGGUAGAAGUUAUCACAAAGAUCAUUUCUCCAAGGCCGCGGGAAUUUUAUUAAAAAAAAAUUUGAAAUCUGAAAAGGAUGUGGAAAAAUUAAAAGAAUUUGUAGAUAAUGUGGAAGAAGUUGUUAAGAAUGAAGCAGCGAAGGAAGAGGAAUUGGAUCCAUUAAUGUUUGAGAUAAUGGAAGAUCCAGUAAUUUUACCCGAAUCAAAGGUUUCCAUUGAUCGAAGUACUAUAACAACUCAUCUUUUAUGUGAUGCCAUGGAUCCAUUUAAUAGGAAACCUUUGACUAUUGAUCAAGAAAGGAUAGCUGCGUAUAGAAAAGAGAGACAAAAAAAGAAAAAAUAA